UCCUGGGCUUUCGCGGGGGCUGCUGGGGCGUGAAAAUCGGGGACGCGCUGGGGUGCGCGCAGCGUGAGGACGCGCCUGUCUGCUUGCGCGCGCUGGAACCCGGACUCUUGAGUGGAAACCGAAGACGCACGUGGGAGGAACGCGUGGAGCAUGAAGAGGCAGGGAGCCUCGUCUGGGCGGAAGCGAGCGCGGAUACCGUCCGGGAAGGCGGAGUACUGAGCAGAGUUCCCUGUGCGAUACAGAGCAGCAAAUGGGUUUCUUAUGGAAGUGUGUGUUGAUUCAGUGGAGUCAGCUGUAAAUGCAGAAAGAGGAGGUGCUGAUCGCAUUGAAUUAUGUUCUGGCUUAGUGGAAGGAGGAACCACACCCAGCAUGGGUGUCCUUCAAGUAGUGAAGCAAUAUGUCCAGAUACCAGUUUUUGUGAUGAUUCGGCCACGUGGAGGUGAUUUUUUAUAUUCAGACCGUGAAGUUGAGGUGAUGAAGGCUGACAUUCGUCUUGCCAAGCUUUAUGGUGCUGAUGGUUUGGUAUUUGGGGCACUGACUGAAGAUGGACACAUUGACAAAGAACUGUGCAUGUCCCUUGUGGCUAUUUGCCGUCCUCUGCCAGUCACUUUCCACCGAGCCUUUGACAUGGUUCAUGAUCCAAUGGCAGCUCUAGAGACCCUCUUAACUUUGGGAUUUGAAAGAGUGUUAACCAGUGGAUGUGACAGUUCAGCACUAGAAGGACUACCCCUAAUAAAGCGACUCAUAGAUCAGGCAAAAGGCAGGAUUGUGGUAAUGCCAGGGGGUGGCAUAACAGACAGAAAUCUACAAAGGAUCCUUGAGGGUUCAGGUGCUACAGAAUUCCACUGUUCCGCUCGGUUGGCUAGAGAUUCAGGAAUGAAGUUUCGAAAUUCCUCUGUUGCUAUGGGAGCUUCUCUUUCUAGAUCAGAAUAUUCUCUAAAGGUAACAGAUGUGACCCAAGUAAGGACUUUGAAUGCUAUUGCAAAGAAUAUUCUGGUUUAGCCAGACCUCUCUGAGAGAUAUGGAUAUCACUGGACAAAGGUAGAAGAAUAGUCUACAAUUCUCUAUGACACAGCUUUAACCUUCUCUGGCCAGGACAGUCACAGUCUU